GCGGGGGGAACCUCGUUUACCGGCUUUGCGGUUUUCAUCCAUUCUCAAACGUUUUAAUUACACCUGCCGACUCAGUCCUCUGCAGCCGAUGAUGCUCGUCUCCGAAUACUGAUUUCAACUCCAUUUAUUCACUAAACCGAUCUUAUGUACAUAGAAGAAUACAUUGAAGAAGAUGAGGAACCACCUUUGCUGCUCAGCUCUUGUCCUUCUCGCGGUGUUUGGCUGUGGUGGGACUGCAGCGGUGCAGUGUCGGUGGGGGGACGGCUGUGUGUGUCUGCAAUGCCCCGCAGGCCAGGAGCCCUCCAAGGCUUGUGGGCAGAUCCAGAGUCCAGCAGAGGAAGUACAAUGUCAGCUGUGCCCAACUGGAAGCUUUUCAGACACACUUGACUCUGAACUUUGCCGUCCGCACGCCUCCUGCAAGACCCUUGGCCGAAAGGUUGCAACUCCCGGCACCGCAGCCUCGGACGUCGUCUGUGGUGACUGUCUGACUGGGUUUCACUCCACUGCCACAGGGCAAGUUUCCACCCAAAGUCCCUGUGUGAAAACAGAUUCUCAUGUCCGAACAGUCCGUACUGUCGGCAAAGGUCCAUCCAGUGGAGCAGGAGGACCGGCCAACAGCACGGUGGUGCGCAGCGCUGAGGAGAAGACGGCAGAGUACGCUGUGUUCGCUCUGGUGCCCAUCUUCUGCGUGAUGGGCCUGCUGGGUAUCCUCAUCUGCAACAUCCUGAAGAAGAAGGGAUACCGCUGCACUGCUGAGAAGGAGGGCGGAGAUGAAGAGACCGCCACACCACAGAAAGAAGGUAACAAUUGCCCCUACAUAUCUGAUGACCUGAACGAAGACACCAUCAGUGUUCUGGUUCGUCUCAUCACUGAGAAAAAAGAAAAUGCUGCUGCCCUGGAGGAGCUGCUGCUGGAGUACGAGACCAAACAGUUGGCCAUGAGCAAAGGCUCGUCAAUCAAGUUCCCGAUGCUGUCCCCCUUGUCUCCGUUCCGCUCCCUGCCCAGGCUCUGCCCCCACCAGUCCCACCUCCACACCAUCUCCGGCCUCUCCGGUUUGGCCCCCAAACACGGCUACCGCUGCACCCGCUGCGCCCAGAGAAAGUGGCCUCCUGUUCUCAUUCCUCCCCUGGAUUCUUUCAAAGAUCCACUGAAGCCCCCGCAGACCCUCAUCCUGCCCUCCCUGGACACAUCUAGUGACCAGCAGAAGAACCCCCUGCUGGGGGGAGUGUGCGUGGACACACACCGUACGCAAGCUGUCGUGCCAAAAACUGUACAGGAAAAAGUGGAAGGAAGUGAAGUGAAGGAGAAGAAGGAGGGAGAGCUCACAGUGCUGUCUGUCGGGAGAUUUCAAGUCGCUCAGAUCCCCGAGCAGAAGCCUGUCACUGUGGAAACCAAGACAUCAUCUCAGGAGCAAAGAAACUCCCUGUUUGGUGGGAAAUCCUUCUGCUCUUCAUCAUCUGGCAUCAGGAGGUGAAGAGACAAAGAAACGCUGUACGAAAAUGCUACCUCGCUGAAGAUGACCUCAUCAUCCGGGGACAACUUGACCGCCGGCAUGGAGGGAGUUUUCAGAUUCCGAGAAACCGGAAGCACCUCCUGCUGGAAGAAGUUGUUUCUAGUUAUGCGAUAAGAGGAAUAUAACUAUUUAUUAUAAUGUUUAAAAAGAAAAAAAAAAGUACUUUUGAGAGGAGAAGUUCAGCCUAAAUCACUGCUGCUUCACUGUCCCGGUCCAAACAAGCCUGUUGGAGACACAAGUGGACGGGAUUUCUUUUAAAGCUCUGUGAUGAACAAAUAUUAAUAACUGAAACUAGAAGGAGGAAGAAAGUUUGGAUGAGAAAUCAGUUCACUCUCAACCCUGUUGUUUGUGCUUCCAUUUAUAAAAACUACACAGGGGUACAACACAUAAAGUGCAUGUAGGCAUCUGCAUACACUCACCAAUGGCUACCCAUCAAAACACAACCCCAGUCUUCCCUGUGUGUACCUUGCUGACAAACCCCCCCUCCACAAAUCUCUCAUUUAUAAGCUUAAAAAAAGAGGGAAACAUCACGCCAAGUUGUCUGCAACCAAGUGCCACAUGAAUGAGCACAUGAAAGCGCAUGGAUGAUUUCAUCAGCUUGUAAGACUUCUGUGAUUUUUGAAUCAUAUGACACUUGAUUACUGCAAUAAGUAUUGAAUUCGAUAUAAUUUGGUAUGAAACCUACAAGUGAGCUGAGUUUUUAAACCACGAGGAUCUGGAAUGUAGUCUUAACUCACUGCACUCACUUAUUAAACACCAUGAAACAUGCAUACAGCAACCUACCCGCCGUCAGCAUGAACAGCUUUCGUAACUUUUAAGCUCGUAGACUAGAUUCAAGUAGGUGAUCAGGGGCCAAAUUUCGCUUUAGCCGGGCUCCUCAUACUUAGCACACCAUUUUUUUAAUGCCACUGCAGCCCAGUGGAUUAUUACAGGGUGCGAACUGUCAUUUGGGUCCUAAGGUGAAAACGUAGAUGUGUAGGUAGUUCUCACUUUUUGUAGAAGAAAACAUGUAAAUGAAUGUACAUAUGUAAAUAUGGGUGGGUAUAUAAAAAAAGAAACACACUACACUUGGCUUUUAUAAUUUAAACACACGGUAUGCGUGAGGUGAUACAUUAGAUCCCCUCGAAUGGGAAAGAAACAACUGCACCAGCGAGUCCAUCAAUCAAGAACCAGCAAACUCUGUCACGGCAUCGUGCAUAUAAGCUAAACUGAUGAUUAAAAAUGAACAUCAAAUACGUUAUUUUUCUAUCACUUUGGUGGACGGUUUCAGUGUUUUCCUUCUUUUGCGACUGUUAGUUUUCCAUUGAAAUCAUGAACUUUUAAAACCUACACAAACAGUCAGUACACAAAGCCAGACUCCAGUUAUGCAACUCCAUAACUGUAAGAAACCACUUCCAUAUAAAUAAACACACACACACACACACACACACACACACACAUUAAUUUUUUAUAGCUUAAUUAAAUAAACCAACCAGUGGCUGCAGAGAAUUAGCGGUUGCAAUGCCUCAAAGUCGUGCAGCUUACUUGGCUUUAGUUUACAUCCUCGUGGGUUUUAAAGCGUGUACUAUAAUCAUAGAGCUCUUUUUUUUCAACUACUCAUUUUCAUAUUUUCUUAUUAUGUUGUUAUGAGGAAUAUGACAACAUGUCUGGAGGACAGGAUAUUUAUUGGCUGAAGUUACAGUUACAUGUUUUCAUUUGAUCUGUUUUUAAUACUAUUCUUAGUAUUAUUAGAGUUAUUAUUAAAUGUUUUCAAGCUGAAGUGUUGCCGGUAGGAAGGAAAGGAAACAAGCAUUCAUCUCAUCAGCUUUGUAGCUUGCAUUUAUAUGAUAUUACAAUUUUUUCUGUAUGAUGUUUUUACUCUUGAAAUAAAAGAAGAGGUGUAUUUUAAAAGCU